GAUAAUUAUAAUAACAAACUCUUGAAAACAAAGCAAAGCAUUAAAUUUAGUUCUUUUUUAUUUUGGUCAUUAGAAAAAAGAUGAAAUGUUCACUUAUGAGUUGAUACAUGCUAAAAAGGACAAAAUCAAUGUUGCUUUGGGAAUACUGGUAUUCUUGUGUUUUUGUGGACUGUCAAUAUGCUUAGUCUUAUUAUGGCAAAACAUCCAUACUUAUGAAGAACCCAUGUACCCAAAGCUAACACAAACAUCACCAUAUUGGGUUGAUCGAGCCAUUUCAUAUAGCAGAGCACUCAAACAUCAAAACCCGUCUGAUUUACGCAAACCGAAUUACAAUUCCAACGAAGACUAUGAUGUCUCUAACAAAUACAUUGUUUGCUAUUAUUCCUCACCAGAUUCAAAUGACAAAUAUGUUGAUCUCAAUUUAACAGAUUUCAACGCUUCCUUGUGUACCCAUAUAAACUUAGGAAUGUCGUUUGUUUUUAAUAACACCAUACGUUUAAGUGAUGACUUUGUCAAUGUCCUGAAGUAUAUUCCACAGAUGAAGAAGAAGUACCCCUCGUUGAAGUUAUUGCUCUGGAUUGGUGGAGGAAGUACCGCUAGCGAUGGCUUUUCGGAAAUGAUAAAAAAUCAUCAGAACCGUAAACUAUUUAUACAGUCCCUAAAAUCAAUAUUACAUACUUACAAGUUGGAUGGCUGCGAUUUGGAUUGGGAAUUUCCUAGUGCAUAUAAUCGUGAACGCAUGCAUUUUUCACAACUUCUUUACGAGAUACGCCAGGAGUAUAAAAGAGAAAAGAGUUCGUACUUGCUGUCAGUUGCCGUUGCUGCUCCAGAAGGGAUAGCGUUAUUUUCUUACGAUGUGGGCGAAAUAAACAAAUACGCUGACUAUGUUAAUAUAAUGACGUACGAUUACCAUUUCUAUACCAAGGGAGCACCAUUUACUGGUUUAAAUGCGCCACUAUACGCCAGAAAAAAUGAACAUUCCAUAUUGGCAACAUUAAACAUAAAUUACUCAGUGAAUUGGUGGAUAACUAAUGGACUUGAAAGAAAGAAAAUUGUAAUUGGAUUGCCAGCAUACGGUCAUUCCUAUAGCUUAGUCAAUCCCUUCAAUACGAAGAUAGGAGCCCCUGCUUCGGAUUAUGGACAUACGGGCAAUCAAGGCUUUGUGUCGGCUGGAGAGACAUGUUGGUUUCUUCUGAAUAAUAUACUAAGUUGUAAUAAAUAUGACAACGAUACGUGUUCCCCCUAUGUAAGCAGCGGAUCAGAGUGGAUAUCAUUUGAAAACGAAUUAAGCAUUACAUGCAAAGCAAAUUAUAUUAAGAGCAUGCAGUUGGGUGGUGCAAUGCUUUUUUCAUUAAACACUGACGACUUUAGUGGCUAUUGUAAAAAUGGCAAAUAUCCACUGCUACGGACUAUAUACAAUGUACUGAUGAGCUAAAACAAUUUCACUACGCAAAAGUUUCUUUAAUUUGAGUAGCAUAUUGAGGUGGUGGUCUUGUGGUGCAUAAUAGAUUUUCUGUGAUUUUCCCCUAAAUUGUACUUUAGCCUUGGUUUGCUUAUUAAGGUAGAUCGAGAUUUUGAGUACUUUUAUUGUUUUUCCCUCAAGGGAAAAAUUUUUUCUUGUUUUUUUU